GGGAGUGCUGUUCGCCUUUCCUCGGGUGCCUGACGUGGUGGCUGGGGCCCUUCAUUCUCGGACUUUCCCUCGGCCUUUCCAGGCCUCGCCCGGAGGCGGGAGUGGAGACGGCGCCCGGGGCUGGCAGCUCCGGUGAGGAGGGGCUGCGCCGGCCGCGGCUGUGAAGGCGCUGCGGCGGCUGUGGAGAGCUCGGCGCGGCUCUAGGGCUCCGGCGGCGGGGACGCGACGGGAUGGCUGCGGCCGGCGGCGGCGGGGCGGCGGCCGGGCGAGCCUACUCGUUCAAGGUGGUGCUGCUGGGGGAAGGCUGCGUGGGAAAGACGUCGCUGGUGCUGCGCUACUGCGAAAACAAGUUCAACGACAAGCACAUCACCACUCUGCAGGCAUCAUUCUUAACAAAGAAGUUAAAUAUUGGUGGGAAAAGAGUAAAUCUUGCUAUAUGGGAUACAGCAGGUCAAGAGAGAUUCCAUGCAUUGGGUCCAAUUUACUACAGAGAUUCAAAUGGAGCUAUUUUAGUUUAUGAUAUAACAGAUGAAGAUUCGUUUCAGAAGGUUAAAAACUGGGUCAAAGAAUUACGGAAAAUGUUGGGAAAUGAAAUCUGUUUAUGUAUAGUUGGUAAUAAAAUAGACUUGGAGAAGGAGAGACAUGUUUCCAUUCAAGAAGCAGAAUCGUAUGCAGAAUCUGUGGGAGCGAAACAUUAUCAUACUUCAGCCAAACAGAACAAAGGAAUUGAGGAACUUUUUCUUGACCUUUGUAAAAGGAUGAUAGAAACGGCACAAGUGGAUGAAAGGGCAAAAGGCAAUGGCUCCAGUCAACCAGGAGCUGCAAGGCGAGGUGUACAAAUUAUUGAUGAUGAACCUCAAGCCCAGAGCGGUGGCGGAGGGUGCUGUUCUUCUGGAUAACUGUUCACCCCUAAGGAAUAAAAUAACAAACUGUGGAUCCUUGCCCUCAACACAAAGACUGCCAUAUUCCAAGUCACAUUAUUUUACCAAUGGAAUUAGAGAGUUAACAGUAUUUUAAAUUACGUUUAUAACACUGCAGAGACCUUAAGUGCUAAACUUAGUGGGGUUCGUGACCAGAGAAUUGGCAUUUUCUACACAUGUUAACAAAGCAGUUACCAAUGGCCUUUUUACAUAUUUUUUUUCUUUAACAAGGAGUAAUAUGCAUGUAGAAAAGACCUACUUAAAGGCUUCAUUUAUAUUCUUUUAAAUCAAAUCUUUAUUUAAUAACUUAUAUAUGUUGUUGGAAUGGUAUACAUUUUUGCAGUCCUUUGUAUUUUGUGGUAGUUUGAAUUGUAUCACUUCUAAACAGCAAACUGUUUUUCUUUUUUUUAAAAUUAGCAGAUACCUGAAGUACUAUUUUUGCAGGGUUUGCACAGGCCCCUAACUGUCUACUACACUUUGAUAUAAUCUAUAUUCAUCCUGUAUGCUGAGCUGAUAAAAUACAUUGUAAAUUACAUAUUAAAUAUUUUAUCUGCUUUUACAAGCACAAGGUGCAAAAAUAUAUACAGUAGUCUCAUUGAUGACUGUAAAGUGAAUUAACAUUUGGUGAUAAUGUCUAAGCUUUUUGACUCUGAUCAUAGCUCCCCUUCACUUUUGUCUUAACUUGAAAGUGGCGUGUUUAAAUUUUCUCAUAUACUUUACUUGAAUUAUUGCUGUUGUCACAUUUUUUGCCUCUGUAAAUCCAUCUAAUGAUUGAGCGACAGCAUUUGCCUUUUGGUUUGGGUGGGGGUUUUUUUGUUCUUUUGUGGGGGGUUUUUUUGUUUGUUUUUUGUUUUCUGGGUUUUUUGUUUGGAUAAAAGAGAUGACUUCUGCUCAUUUUGCUUUAGAAUGGUUACCUUAGAAGUAUUUGAGUGGAGCAUGCUGAGUUUCACUGCUGCAAGGCUUUAGUUUUCUCUUAGGCUUUAUGUGAGAUGGACUCAUUGGUAGGAGAAGAGAGGAAGAAGUCCCAGAUAGUAGCCACUCACCAAGACUCAUUCAUACAGCAUGUUAGUGGUAGCUUCUCCUCCACAGGCAGCACUUUUAGAUCCUUUGUGAGCAAGCUGUUUCUGGUCACUGCUUGCCAGAGAUGAACACAGAAAGCUUUGUUUCAUUUUAUAAGAGCUAUCCUUCUGAGUUUCUUUGAAGGGAAACAUUUCAUGUAAUGAAGUUAUAGCGAACACUGGAAAGAUUUAUUAUAAAAUUAUAUUCUUGUAUACUUUGUAAAUUAGUCUCUCAUUAAGUUUUUUUUUUUUUUUUUCCUUUCUUUAAGCAUAGGACUGAUAGAAUAGAAUCAGGCACUGCUCAUAGAAGGAACACAAAUUGUGGAAAUUAACAAAUUGUUCUUGUGCUAAUAUAUAUAUUUUUCCAUUUCUGUCAUGCUUGGAAAACUAGUAAAUGUUAUGUCUAAGAUAAAAUGGAAUGGUCCCUGGAUUUACUUCUUAUAAGAUGCAGUAGUAUACAAUAAAGUUGUUAGCAUGAGCAAUUAAAAGAAUAUAAUGAGGUUAUAGUUACUAAAGAAGUAACUUUCCCAGAUGGGUUAAAGUUGAAUAAAUUGACACCUUGAUGUUAUGAUAUUAGAAUUUUAACUUAGUAUUAAGUAUUCUAUAAGGCCUCAUUUUACCUUCCUUAAUUAUUGUCCUUGUCAAACUCAACACACUGCUUCUCCACUGUGUGUGUUUAGGGAGGGCGGAGUGGAAAGAGUCUUCAGGAAGAUAAGCUAAAAUUGUCUGUGUAGUCUCUUGGUUUCCUGUGAAGUUACUGUUUAUGCAGGAGGUGGAGGGAGGCAGGGGAAAUCAUGAGUACAGAUAAAAGAAAAAAUUGUUUUUGCCCUCCUGGUUCUUUCAGUGGUAGUAAAGAAAGCCUUGUCAUUUCUACUGUUGUAGAUGUAGAUGGGAAAGAAGCUCUUCUCCAUUGGAGUGAAGUAUGUUUUUAAAACUAAUUAGACAUGAAAUUGAGCUUUAUUCCAAAAAAUAAAAUCAUAAAGCCUGAUAAUUGGA